GCAGGGAUGGGCGCCGGCGGUCGGCAGGAGAGGAGACCAGCGCCGCGCCCGCGCGCCAAGCGGAAGCCACGAGUACUAUUCUCACAGGUAAAGAUCUGGUUCCAGAACCGGCGCUACAAGAACAAGCGUCAACGCACCCUCAUCGAGUCGGGGGCGGCGGCGGGCGCGGGCGGCGGCGCGGGGGCCGGCGGGGGCGGCGUGGGGGCGGAACGGCGGUGCGGGGGCGGGCGGACGGCCAGUGCCGCGCCGCUUCGCCGUCCCCGUCCUCGUGCGGGACGGCCGUCCGUGCAGCGCGGCGCCGCCGGGCCAGGAGCCCGCCCCUGUCAUUUAAUUAUUAUUCACAAAGUGAAAAUGAAAUGUUUCAUAUUAUCAAUAUGA